GACAGCCCGCAGAUCUUAUCCAGUUGCAAGCUUCAUCUCAAUCCUUACAAUGUUCUUCCGCAUCUCCACCGUCUUCGUCGUGGCUUUGGCCACCUUCGCUGCGGCCUCGCCCGCUCCAUGGGGCGCACCCCCUCCCACCACCACCACCCACCCUCCCGUCACCACUACCGUCACUGUGACGGCUCCGGCCACCACCACGACUAUCCCUGCUAGUCAAUGCAACACUGGUGAUGCUCAAUGCUGCAACUCGGUUCAAUCGGCCACCGCUCCCGCUGUCACCUCUCUCCUCGGCUUGUUGGGCAUUGUCCUCGAGGACAUCAAUGUUCUCGUCGGCUUGAGCUGCGACCCCAUCUCGGUCAUCGGCGUUGGAGGCGGUGCGAACUGCGUUCAGCAGCCCGUCUGCUGCGAGAACAAUAACUUCAAUGGGUUGAUCAACAUCGGUUGCACGCCGAUCAAUAUCUUCCUUUAAGUUUGUCAGCUCACGGGCGAGCAAUGGCGGGCUUGAUGUUGAGCACUGAGAAUGUAUGCUACAUCCCGGACAUUGAUUCCCCACUACUCACCCGUUCCUUGAACUCUCCGUCACUCACUUGGCUACUUGUUCUGUCACGAAUUAAUGCAUUGCUGUUCCGUUUGACUUCC